AUCGAGGUCCCGUUGCGCGGUGUAGACGAUGUAGUCACAAUUGAUUGCUCGGAGCUUCCCGAUGAUCCACGAGACUUGUGUCAAUUGCUCUCAGGCGAAGAAGCGCAUCCUAAAUACUGGAUAAGACUUGCGGCCGAGUACAGAAAGGCAGCUCUUACCGACCAUGCCAUUGACAUCGUCAACGAAGGACUCAAAACCAAUCGGGUCCAGAGUGACCGAGACUUUAGAGCCCAAUUUCAUUCGCUACUUGCGACGCUCUACAUACAAAAGUCGCGAAUCUCCUCGAGCGGACUGAGCAAGCAGGAGCCAGAUGCGCGAAAUAAAGAAUAUUGGCAACAACUGGCAACGCAAUCGAUCAACGACGCAUCGAGACUCAAUCCAGACUCGGUAUCUAGUCUGAUCUCGCGAGGAGUCUUAUCUAUGAUGAAAAUUGAUGGCGAUAGAGCCCUCGAAGAGGCCAACAAGCAAUUUGACGCAGCGCUCAAGAAGAAUACCCGCAAUUUAUUCGCUAUGCUUGGUAAGGGACGUAUCAUGUACGCCAGGAAGAACUUCAAAGUGGCUCUUGGCUGGUUCCAAAAAGUUCUGGCAGCACAGCCAAAGUUCCGACCGGAUCCUCGCAUCGGCAUAGGUCUUUGCUUUUGGCAGCUCAAGAUGUUGGAGGAUGCCACACUCGCUUGGGCACGUGCGUUGGAGCUUGAUCCAGAAAAUUCAAUAGUCAGUGCGUUACUUGGCAUUGCGAGCGUCACUGAGGCCUUUCAGCACGUGGGCGAUGCAAAGAAAUUCCAAUCCCUUUACACUUCUGGUUUGCAGCUUGUUCUCAAAGCCUGGAAAGCCGCAGAGGUACCUAUUGCUGGCGUAGUACUGGCUUCCUACUACUUCUCGAAAAGGAAGAUUGAUGGUCUCGUGCAAAUUACGGAAAGAAUCCUCAAUCACACAGAUCUUGCAGCUAUCCGAGGAGACGCUUUUCUUUGGAUAGCUCGCGGACAACACGUUGUUGAGGGGCACGACAAAGCAGCUCAAUUUUACCAACUAGCUAAGCAGCAAGAGCCUGACCUUUUACUUGCCUCGCUGGGCAUCGCACAAACGCAAUUGAUCCGCGACGGGGUGACAGAUGCCAAGCUCAUUCUCGAAGGCAUUGCCGAUAGGCAUCCAAAGUGUGUCGAAGUGCUUUCUAUGCUUGGCUCCAUCUACACGCGCGAACUGGCUGAUGCCAAUUUCAAGGGCGACAGGGCUGUUCAAAAGUCGAAAGCCCGCGCUAUGCUCGACAAGGCGAUCUCGCUCAUUGCCGAUAGCCCCAAGCUGUCUUUCACGGAUGCUGACCUUCACUUUGGCAAGGCGAUGCUGCUCGAUGAGGACGAUUCAUUGAGCAUCAUUCGAACGCUCGAGCAGGCUAUUGAAGUCCAGGCAAGUCUUGACCUUACGAUCUCGCCUGAGCUGUAUAACAAUAUGGCUGUUGUCCAUCAUCUCGACGGCAAUUAUGACCUUGCGCACGACUUGUACAAGCGGGCCUUGCAAUCUUGUGAAGAGCCGUCAAUCGACUCAAAUGACAGGCUGAGCGGCCUUCGAACAAUCAUGUCGUACAAUCUUGGCCGAUGUGAAGAAGAUGCUGGCAAGCUCAGCGCCGCUCGGGCUAGUUAUCAGAAGCUCAUUGCGCAAUAUCCUGAUUACGUUGAAGCACGAGCUAGGCUAUGCUUCAUGGAUAUGAAGGAGAACUCUCAGGUCGAUGUGCAGACAGAGCUGGAUAUGCUGCUUGAAAUCAGUCCACGCAACACCGAGGUACGAGCCCUUUAUGGUUGGUACCUCGGACGCCUGCCCAAGGCUAAAGGUCUUCAUUACAACGAAGAUCCGGAGCGUCGACACUUCAACCAUACAUUGAAGCACAUCGACAAUUACGAACGGUUCUCACUGACAGCGCUUGGCAAUUUUUACAUUCGGCUUGCUCGCUCAAUUCGUCCAGAUUCUGACCAAUUGAAAGAAGAGCGCAGGAAGCACUAUGACAUGGCGACCAAAUUCUUUGAACGCGCUUUGCAUUAUGAUAAAAAUAAUGCAUACGCAGCGCAGGGUCUCGGCAUAGCUUUUGCGGAACACAAGCAGCCGCAAAAGGCGCUCAAUAUAUUCACCAAAGUGCGAGAGACUCUCCGAGAUGAUUCAGUCAUUCUCAACAUGGGACAUUGUCUGGCCGAAUUACACCAGCAUGCCCGUGCAAUCGAGUGCUACGAGAUCGUUCUGAGCAAUUGCCAGGGUUCAGCCGCGCUGUCGAUUUAUCAAUGUCUGGGCCGCACUUGGUGCGCUCGUGGUCGUGAGGAACGCAGUGCGGAGAGCCUUCGCGAGGCACUCAAGUACACUCGCGAUGCCGAAAAGCUAUCUCCGGCGCCUGCCGUCAAAUUCAACAUUGCCUUCAUCCGAUUCCAGAUUGCUGAUGUGCUGCGACAGACACCAGAAGCGGAAAGGUCUGUUGCAGAUUUGGAGGAUGCAAUUGCAGGCUUGCAGGCUGCCAUCGUUGCUUUCACACAAAUUGCAGACUCUCCUCAAGCGCCCUUCCCGAAGGAGGAGAUCAGGCAGCGUGCAACAAUGGGCAAAAACACGACUGUGCGCCAACUGGAGAGAGAACUACAAAAGCAAAAAGAUUAUGAGAGCAAGAACUCUGCAAAGGUCGAGCAAGCGCGGCGUAUGCGGGAAGAUGACCGGAAGCGCAAGGAGCAGAUUCGCGAGGAAGCGCGGCUUGCCGAAGAGUCUCGCCAAGCCGCAUUGCGUGAACAACGCCGCAAGAUGCUCGAAGAAGCGCGUGCUUGGACAGACAAGCGCAGACUUGAGGAUGAGGAGAAUGAACAGCGCAAAUUUGAAGAGCAAGAAGCGAAGCGGAGGCGCGUCGAGCGUCGCAAGGGCAAGAAGAGCAAAGGAUACGACAUUGCUGGCAGCUCUGAUGACGAGGUGCCAAGGAAAACGGCCGAACGUCAACGGAAGCGAGGUCCAAGGCAGUCCAAAACUGUGGCUGCCAGCGAAACCGGUAGCCCAGGACCUGAUCAGUCUGAUCGCGGCGAGAGUCCAGAACGGACGAACAAGAAGCGAAAGCUCUACAAAAGUGCCGCAAUCGUGGAUUCUGAUUUGGACGACGAU